AUGGGUGGUUUGAUGUCUCGCACUACGACUGAUUCGCCCACGUCUGUUCUUUUAUUUACUCAAAACAUCGCUCGGCAUCCUAUUGCGUGGGACCCGACGCAGCAACGACCGACCCAGGAAGUUAUCCAUGCUGUCCAUUCCGCACUUCACUUUGCCCUCGAUCCGUGUGUCGAUCAUCCCAAUGAACCUUUGAGCUUUGGUAUGCAAGAUGGCCUAUUGGUUAUUCCUAAUAGGGAGGAUUUGAAGCAAAGAGAGGGACCAAAAUCCGGAUGGGAAGUGAACGCCAAAUUAUUUAUAUAUGCCAAUGGGCAAAAGUCGGGCGAGUACGCUAAGAUUCUUGAGCGUGCGUUGGCAGAACUGCAGGGAGUGAUGGGUGCCACGACGCUGGAGAGCUUUGUGAUCAGCCUAAGUAACAUCGGGUGGCAUGGAGAGGCCGUAGACACAGAAGGGUUGGACGAGGUUGAUAAGUUGGGCGAUCUCUGGGCGCUCAUGUCCAGUCGCACGGAACUCAAGAGCAUUGGAGUCUCUGACUUUUCUUCGCAACACCUACAACGGCUUUUGUCCUUGGUUGAUUCAAACCCCUCCUUGCGAAAGCCUUCUAUAACGCAACUGAAUCUGCCUCCAUCGGCCGCUGAACCAACAGAACUCUUGGAGCUCACUCAGAAAGAGGGGAUUAAUCUACAGACUCAUGCGGACGAUCUCGGGACAACGAAGCAGAUGGUUCGGCUAUUGAGCGAAUUCGAGGGUCGACUGCCUCUUUCCCCUGCAUUUAUCAAGCUGAGGGAUCAGGAACGUUACGACGAGGCUUUGCCUAUGGAGUGGAUUCUGAAGUAUACGGUGUUCAACAGGGAUCGAGGGAUUGUUGGCGAGAAAGGAUACAUAGUGUCUGCGAAGUUUGCGCAUGUUCUAGGAUCAUACGAGUAUAAAUAUGGCUACCCAUCUAUUGCUAUAGAUUCCACCAAUUCGAACGGGAGAAAACGUCUCUCUGAUGACGACAAUAACGAGGGGGCUCGAUGCGCCAAGCGUAGGAACUUCGGUCAUACGAUCAGCUAUGGGGAAAGCUUGACGGCACAUCAACAGUAUAUUGAUCCUCGAGAUAAUGUUAGGCGGGCUUGGACGUCCUCUGUGCCGGCUGGUCCGGCUCCCAAAGCGCAUGUGCCCCUUAGUAUCAAGGUCCCAGAGCGCCACACGCAUAGCGUGUCGUAUUCAAUUGAAGAGUCUCCUACCAGUUCACAGGAACUCCACUUAAUGCCACACCACCAACUGUACCGAGAACACCAUUCGCCUAACGUUCUUGGUUCAAUGUCCGACUGGAGCUUCUCUCCACCUUCUUAUCCAUAUGGCCAUAACCCCCUAUCACAAUCAACUGGUGUAACACGAAACGUUUUCCAUGCUUCUUCCUUGGAUAAUGCACGAUGGUAUCGAGAAAGUCGCCAGAAUAGUAUUGCUGAGUACACCUAUCCCAAUGAGGAUACUCUAGCUCCACCGAGGCGGUAUACGGACUUCCCGAAUUCACCUUUGGUUUCUCCAUUUGAUUUCAUGGAAGGCGCCACACGUUCGUAUGAGGAGGAGCAAGACAUAGAAUACUUUGAACCGGGGACAGCCAGAUCCCUAUCUCCUGAGCCUUUUAGUCCUUCUGAUUGGGAGGGCAUACCUGAAAGCGUGGUUUCAAGUUCACUGGCAGAUAAUCCCGGAAAACGACGGGCGUUGAUAAUCGCGCUGGAAUACGGAGGAGUGGACCAAAGAUGGAACGAUAACAAGUCCACACCGAUGUUUAUGAAAGGGCCGUACAGUGAUGGAGAAGACGUUUAUAAUUUGCUACUGCAACAAGGCUAUCAUGAAGAUGAAAUCACUUUUAUGACUGACGAACCUGGCACACCGACAAGACUACGGCCAACAUGCAGUAAUAUUAAAUACCAGCUCGCACAGCUCAUAGCGGAUGCGAACCCAGGAGAUCGAUUCUUCUUGUAUUAUGCUGGUCAUGGAAUACAAGUCGAAGAUACCGACGGGGACGAGUUUGAUGGGUGGGAUGAAGCUAUUAUACCGGCAGACUGGGCAACUGCAUAUAAUUAUCGUGAUGAGGGGCUCAUAAUCGAUGAUUACCUCAAGGAAGUAUGCGUUAACGCCUUGCCCAAAGGCGCACAUCUUACGGCUGUUUUCGAUGUAUGCAGUUUCAUUCUGACAGCUUGGUCCCAAUACUUACUAUUUAUCCUAGUGUUGCCACGCAGGGACGAUAAUGGACUGACUUAUGAGCAUUCAACUAAGGAGAACGGGAAGUUCAAAUUGAACGAACUCACAGGUUUGCUUUCUCGGCGCCUUCCGAGUAGAUACGAAUCAGUUGAUGGACGUGUGCUAUGUAUCAGUGCUUGUGAGGAUAGCCAACAAGCAUAUGCACGUGCAAGGGGGCUACUAACUGAGGCAUUCACUCGGUGCAUUAGAGAGUCGGCCAAAGUGUACAGAUUAGCCAAUGCAACGUUUCGACUCAAUCCAACUCUUAAGCAGCUUUACGAGUAUAUAUUGUGUCACGGGCGCCCCGAUCCUGAUAUAUGGACGUCGUUACACACAAGACCCGGUAUUGGCGACAACCUAUAA